GCCUGAUUCCUCUCUGCUCCGUUCAGCUGUGGAGGAAGUAUUAUUUCUUCAGAACAUGUGAGGGAGGACGAGCAUUUCUGUUUGAUUGAAACACAUUUGUUCCACUCAGUGUUGAAGAUGCUGCUGUGAAUCUACAAACAGCCUCCAUCUGUUGACCUUAUAACCAGCAGACUGGCCAGAAUAAUAGGAUUCUGCUGCUUCCUUUGACCCAGAGUGAGUGUGUCUGGCUGAGGGUCUUAGUUUUAUGUCUAAAUUGGAUUGUAUUUUAGCUGGAACGGUUGUGCUCUGGGUCUGGCGUGAAGUUGCAGCAGUUGCACUUCCUCUUAAAGAAAGCAAACUCCGUAUUCAGAGCCUGAAAAACAUCACAGAAAAGAACAACUCUUGAACUGAAGAGCAGAGCUUCACUUCCAGCAGCAUUUACUGAAAUGUGCACAUUUUUAAAAUGUUCCUUUUGUCUUGAUAGUUUUUCAGCACAUCCUAACAGAUUUGCUUUAGUCAAUGUGACUGCUAGCUUUGCUUCUUGGACAUGUGGACACUGAGAACAAAGCUUUGCUGGUUCUGGAAGACGAUCUUGUAAUCGGGUGUCUUGCUCAGGCAAAAUCCACUCCUGGUGCAGCCAUGGAGGGUCUUGAACAACUCGAUGUGGUUGGUGAUAUCAGCCCAGCUCUGGAGGCAACAGAGGACUUCAUCCACUGCAUGGACAGGAUGCAAGGUCAAGGUCCCAGCCUGGCUCAGGCAAACCACUGGCAGCCUCCGAGGCAUCCCAAGCAGCUACAGGAUGUGUCCAAUGCUGCUCUGGGGAAGCUGAGCUCCAGCGGUGUGUGGGGUCUGCUGGCUGGUGAGCAGCCUGAGGUCGGGCCACUGGGCCUGGCCUGGGCCGACAACAUCAGCGUGCUGGGCCUCGGCGUGGGCUUGAGGCACGGCAAGAGAAGCCGAGCGCGAUCCACCAACGACCUGGYGGCCCAUAUUCAGGAGUGCACCACCAACGCUGGCAACUCCUCGUCCAAGUCCGUUUUUAAAAAGGGACACAACCGGUCCAGAUCAGACGUUAACUACCGUCCAUCUGCUUACACUGACAAUGGACUGCCCACAGUGGACUGCAACACGCUGAAGAACAUGAUCCUCAACCAGCAGCAAGAAGCUGAUAAAAGCAGCAGUAGCAGUGUGAUGAAGCAGGGAGAGAUGGAGCAGCGUGAGGGUCUCUGGGGCCGAUGGGCACCUUGCUACGUUGAGCUGACGUCUUGUGAGCUCCGGCUCUACACCCUGGACAGCAGUGCCAACCGGCAGCUGGGCACCGCCUUCUCCCUGUCGCACUGCCAGAGCGUCGUCUCACCAGCACCCUGCAGCCAGUCCGGUCAGAUCAGCCAGCCUGGAGACCAGCGCACCCUCCAGGCCGUGUUCUUCAACAGCACGCGCCUCCAGCUGAGGGCGGCCAGCCAAUGGGAGGCCAUGGAGUGGAGACGGUUGAUGUGGGAGAAGGUUCAGGCUGCCAAACCUGUAAGGCAUCAGAACCAGGUGAAAAACCAACACGUCGCCAGUUUUCCCACACCCAUGUCACCCUCCUCUUCACCUUCUCCAUCUGGGCUCGACACUAGACCGGAUGGCGACAGCGACACCUCGACCUCAGCUGAGGCAUCACUCUGUCUUCAGUCUGAUUCUGUAGUCCUGAGCAGACCCACCACUCUCCCUUUGUUUACUCAAAGCUGCCAAGAAAUCCUCAAAACUGGACAGCUUCACUUGCUGAUGGAUCAGAACAACUGGCGGUCCUUCACCUUUAUCCUAACGAGGUCUUCCCUCCAGGCCUUUCCCACWGAAGAUAGUGCAUCUGUCUCUCCACCUGUCCUCCAGCACUCCUUGGCAUCCUGCUUGGCUGUGCAGCAUGAUUUUAAAUCCGAGAACGAAGAGUCACGGGUAGAUAAAGGAAAAGUUUUCCAGGUCGUUUUCUCCAAAGAGGUGCUCAGACUUCGGGCCAACGAUCACCUGAAGAUGCAGGAGUGGGUGAAGGCUCUUCAGGAAGCAAUCGAAGCACAGAGACCUGCAGGAGAAAAGACGAGAGAAUCAGGAGAAGGCCUUCAAGGAGUGCUGCUGAGAUCCAAACCUACGAGGGACAGGAGACAGAGGGAGACCCAGAGAGCCAAACGGCAGUCAGUCACAACCAGUUUCCUCAGCAUUCUCACCUGUCUGGCUGUGGAGAAGGGGCUCACUGCUCAGAGCUUCAGGUGUGCAGGUGUCUAAACAGGCCAAGGAGUUUCUGGAGUUUGUGUAUGAGGAGCCACUGCUGGAUAUCCAGCAGCUCAACCCCUGCCUGUAUGAACACUGUGAAGCUUUGAGCACAGUUCUGCGCCUCCGGCAGCAGCUGCAGUCACUGAGGGCCUACCUGUUCAGCUGCAGAGCAACCAUUGCUGAGGACCUCAGGCGAAGGAUUUUCCCAAGGGAUUACCUGCUACAGCACAUUCAUCUGUACUCCCUGGCUGAUCUGCAGCAG